AUGACGACUAGGCUUAUCCCCAAACGGAUACCUCUCAAAUCUGGAGCUGGAGUUGUUAAAGCUACCAGCUGCCGCUCUAGUCAUGCUGCAGCGUAUACCAGACCGCCACUCGCCUACACAUGGCUCACGAAGUCGCCCGAAGCUAUUACCCACCAAGAUGUCCUGUCAUCACUGAAUCAGACCUCAACCGACUCCUUGAAUCAAUCCUCCUUCCCGCUUCUCCUUGUUACACCGCGCCUGGCCCAUUGGCUCGAUCCUUCGUCCCCGUUCCUGAGCGAUCUGCUUGCCGAAUUGUAUCGGAAUCACCCAGGGCCUCGAACAGUCUACGCAGCUGCAGCUGUUGUCGAUAAAAUCCCUGGCGCUACGACCGAGUCGCCCGUUUCUGACGCGCUAGAGUACGAGGGUCUGUCACUCCUAGUCGUGCAAGACGCAGGCGUACAAUGGAAAGCUACACCACCCCGUCGUAUCGGCCAGUCCGCGGGGGAGGAACCGAGCCUGACAGUAUCCAUCCACAAUGAAGUAACUGGCCAAACACCCCACGAGAUCGGCUUGCGACUUGCGCAAACAGUCUUCUUGAACGGGAAGGAGAGAACCUUUCUCGGCAUGCGCUGGACUGCGGAUGCCAAUUCUACGUAUAGACUCGACAAGUCACUAGACUUGGCAGCUUGCGCCGUUUCUUCUACGGGAAAGAAUAUCCGUGCUGGCCUGACUCUCCCGCUAGACGUCGUAACUCCACGACGGAGGGUUCUGGCCAGUAUGGGUAAUAUUAUACGGCAGGUAGCUAAAUCUACAGACUUAUCCUCCACAGAAGCAAUGCCUGCGUCGACGGAAUUGGAGAAGGAAUUGCCGCGCUAUAUCACCGAACAUAAAAUCACUGAUCGGAGGGUUUCGAUCUGGGCUUUGGUUGAGAAGCCUAAGAUCGAGCUCGUUGAUGGUUCAUCGCAUGAUCGGCUGAUUCACUCGCUCAAACAGGGUGGUAAGCUGCACCGUGUGAUGAGCGGUGGUGGUGGGUGGGGGAAGAAGCUGGGUCUUCUUUCAUUAGAUCCAGAAGCGAGCUUCCCUGAUUUCAUGGGCGAUGAUGUACCCGCUACACUAGAUAAAGUUUUUGAGUCCGACGCAACCUACGUGGAAAAAACAGUCGCUUUUGAAAAUCUCAUGAUUGGAGAUGAUCUUUCGCAUUUGUCGCAGAUCGCGACAGUUGGGGAUCUCAUUCAGUUUUUUGUUGCUGUGGAGCCCGUUCCAUCGUCUGAAGAACCAGUUUUGAUGAAAGAAGCCACUUUCACUUUCGGAAUCGUGGCUGAUGCUGAGAAAGCUGUUGUUGAAGACUUGGGGCAAGAUAAGCAUCUUGUUACGGUGGAAGAUGCUUUUGGUGCAUUGUCUGAAAAGGCAAUCACCUAUUCGCAGCCUUUACAGUUAGAGGGGGCUGUCAAGUCUACUACCAAGUUGGACAUUCCCGGUUGUCGAGUGAUAUUGACUUCUGAGAAGUGA